AGUCCUCCUUCUACCCCAAAUUUGGAGGAAGGUGGAUGGGGACCUGAUGCCCUAGCUGGGCAAAGCGGGACGAAGGACCAAGGACCUGAAGGGUUUGGGCAAGUCCUGAGUGGGCGGGGUAGGGGAGACGGGCUCCAGGCAUGCCGGUCUCUGAUUGGCUGUACUGUCCAUCGCUCCGCCCCGUGUCCUAUAAGACGCACCGGCGGCUGGCCCAGCGCUGGCGUGGAGGCUGCGGCCGCAUCUUCUCCGGUACGCGGCGUCCAUCCUACCCCGCGCGGGGGCAGCCGGCGAGACCCGUGGACCCACCGCUGCAGACCGCCGGGGGGGCGGGGGAUGCCGGGCUGCCGCAUCAGCGCCUGUGGCCCAGGGGCUCAGGAAGGGACGGCAGAACCCGGGUCCCCGCCGCCGCCCCGGGAGCCCCUGUCGUCCGCUCAGCCCCCGCCCCCAACUCCAACCUUGACCCCGACCCUGGCUCAGGCCUCGCCGCUGUCGGAGGCGGCCCCGGCGUCGGCGGGCUCUGCGGAAGGGCAGGAGCUGCAGCGCUGGCGCCAGGGCGCUAGCGGGGGCGCGGGGGGCACCGGGCCGGCAGGGGGCGCAGGCGGCGGCCCGGGCGCGGCGGCAGCAGGGGCUGGGGGGCGCGCGCUGGAGCUGGCCGAAGCGCGGCGGCGACUGCUGGAGGUGGAGGGCCGCCGGCGCCUAGUGUCGGAGCUGGAGAGCCGCGUGCUGCAGCUGCACCGUGUCUUCCUGGCGGCCGAGCUGCGCUUGGCUCACCGCGCCGAGAGCCUGGGCCGCCUGGGCGGCGGCGUGGCGCAGGCCGAGCUCUACCUGGCGGCGCACGGGUCGCGCCUCAAGAAGGGCCCGCGCCGCGGCCGCCGCGCCCGCCCGCCCGCGCUGCUCGCCUCGGCGCUCGGCCUGGGUGGCUGCGUGCCCUGGGGCGGCGGGCGCCUGCGGCGAGGCCACGGCCCGGAGCCCGACUCGCCCUUCCGCCGAAGCCCUCCCCGCGGCCCCGCCUCCCCCCAGCGCUGAUCUAGCGCCCGCACCCCUGAUCAUCCUGACAGACCAUCGCCAAGGUGCUGACCGACGGAUAGAGGACACCGGCUGGAUGUCACCGACGCGGAUGGACGGACUGACCAACCACAGAAAGACAGUCUGGGGGCCGGGUGCCCAGUGAAGGAGGUUAAGCUGCUCAGACCAAUGGGGAUCCCAGCCAAGGACAAAGGCCCAAGGGAACCUCUGCUUAUCCCAGGAGCCCACACCCCUUCCAGGGCGGGAGCCAGUGGAGCCCUGUUCCAUAAUAUUGCCCUGCACCUUCUCUCCACAAAGGCCCCUCUUGAGCUCCUCCCAGCUCCUCAGAGCCUCCACUCUAUGGAUCUGGACUCCUGGAUACUGCUCCUUCCCUGAGCACCUUCAGGAAGACUUCUCCAAUCUACCCUACACAACCUCGGGGCCCUCCUCACUUCCCAGGAGCCCUUGACUUGACAGUGGCAAGGGGCUGGAUUCUGGGCAAGUGGCCUAUACCGUGAAUUUCUUUAUAUAUGCCACAUUUGACUUUGGCUUACACUGUACAAUUGGAAAUGUUACAACAGGUCCCUGAGAUGCAAUCAGAUUAUUUAAGAGUGCAGCAAACAUUUCCAGUGUGAAAGUGAAAAGGAUUUCUUUUAAAAAUGUAGUCAUCAUUCUUAAACAAGUCACAGGGCAGCUGGAGGCCCCGUUUUGGUAGAUGCCGUUGCUUCUCUGUCUAACAGCGCCGGGAGGCCUGUUUGAGGCAAAACAUUGGUCUGAGAAAUCCCUCAGUUUCCCUCCCCCACUGUCCCCUCGCCCUUUCCGUGUGGGAGUGUGCCUGUGGCCCCUCAGAAAGGUGAUCAGCUGCUGUUUCCUGGAGGGACACACCUCUUUCUCAGGAAGAAGUGGCGGCGACAUAAAAAUUCUAAGCAACGUUUAUAUGAAAAAAGAAAGCACAUUUAUUCAAAUAUCCUGAUGAUAGAGGGAAGGGGGGCACAUUUACUCACACACAACCCAGAACUUGUAGAAUUCUGCAAAAUGAAUGUAUAUUGAAUCAAUCCCCUGAUUUAUACAUUCAGGAAGAAUAAAUUUCGAUGUGAGACAAAGGCGUGUGGUUUUGAGGUUUACUUUGCAAGUGUCCCUGCUGCCUAUCUUUGUGUGUGUCUGUCAUGGCUCUUUAAGUUGGCAGUUCCCUGAGCAGCUUCUGUUUAGUUUGGCAACCUGGGCCUGUUGACUGAUUUGCAGACUGCUCUCUCCCUUGAUCUGGCUCAAAGCUGACCUUCUCCAGGAAGUCUUCUCCAAUUAAGGAUGUGAUCAGGGGAUGGGAAUGUACAUGUGUGACAGUGUGACACCGAGGGAAGUCCAUGUAUAUUUGUGAUAACAUGGCAGCAGAUGAUCCGUGGAGGAUUGUGUGUGACUGUGCUGGUGACUGUAUGGACCUGUUUUACAGUCAGGAUCCCAGCAGGCAACAGGGAACACUCAAACUGGGAAAAGAUUUUUUU